ACACUGUUUAUAUUUUAAAGUUCAUGUCCGUGUGGACAUGUGUCGACAUGCUCAGAAGCUGUCAUCUGUAUAUUGUCAUGGUGUAUGCGAAAGGAUAAUACAAUAAUUACAAGGGGCAAAUGCUGUCAUGUGACAGAAAGAGAAAAAGAUCACACACCUUUUCUACUACGUCUGUGUGUCUGUCUUAGCCCACCUCAAGAAAACUACAGUUGGCUACAGUACAAACACGACUGACAAGCAUCAGAGAGAGAAUGAGGAAGGAGGCGAAGAAGAAUUCAGCAAAGUAAGUGAGGCUUUUCAAAGGAGCAGAUGCAGACGAUGCUUUGCUGCCGAGAAGGAAUCGCAAUAAACAAACUUCACAAAAGCAAUGGCUUCCCCUUUUCCUCCGAACACCUCUUUAAGUCCCUCCUCGUCCUCUGACCUCCACUGUCCUCUUCUACAGACAAUGAUCUCUCACACCCUGAACAACGACACUCGCGUGAACCUGGCGGUGGUUUCCGUGCACGGUGUGGUGUCAUGUUUGGGGAUCCUAGAAAACGGACUGGUGCUGUGGGCACUCGGCUGCCGUCUCCGUCGCAAGACCGUUGCAGCGGUGUGGGUUUUGAAUUUAGCACUGUCAGACUUCCUUACUACACUAACUCUGCCACUUUUCACUUAUUACCUACUAAUGGGCCACAGCUGGGAGCUGGGAGGCCUACUAUGUUCCGCCCAGUCCUCCAUAUUUUUCAUCAACAUGUUUGUUUCUGCUUUUCUACUGGCUGUGAUAUCGUUGGAUCGCUGCUUGUUAGUGGCCAAACCGGUGUGGACUCAGAACCGGCGCACUGUGUCGGCAGCAUGGAAGAUUUGCGGACUGGGAUGGGCAUGGGCAGCACUGAACGCGUUUCCGUAUUUCAUGUUUCGUUCUGUUGUGGAGAAACAAGAUGGCCGAAAACUCUGCUACCAUAAUUUUGCAUUGUAUUCUUCCCCGAGCUCACUGCAUCAUGACUGUAAGGUGCGGCAGGCAGCAACUGCUGUGUCCAAGGCGUCGUUGGCAUUCGUCGUGCCCCUAGUGGUCAUCGCCAUCAGUUACACAUCUUUUGCCGUACUACUGCGAGCUCGCAGAAAGAGGCUGGAGAAGAGACGCCUAGAUAUGACCAAACGCAAAGAGAGUAAAUCGAGUAUUUUCGGCAGCCUGUCCACUGCUUCCUCAUCGGUCAGAAAUGCCGCUCAACUCUCGCCAGGUUUCACAAAAAUGGUUGUGUCUGUGGUUUUAACAUUCUUUAUCUGCUGGGUACCGUACCAUGUUUUCUGUUUGCUUGAGGUUGUAGCUCAGUACAGACCACACACGGUGGAGUUGGUGGAGGUGUAUUUACCUUUGGCAACAACAUUUGCCUUUUUGAACUCUGUGUUGAACCCGAUCAUUUAUGCUUUUAGCUGUCCAAGCUUCUGUAUGCGAAUCCGACAGAGUCUGGGGGCUCUGUUUGAGGGACUGGUAGAGGAAACAGGACCAAUAAUGUCGGCCUCAGGGAGGAUCAGGCGAAAAAUAACAUUUUCUCCAACUUCUCCAAGCACACCCACCAGCCCCAGUGUCCUACGAAUCCAGCAAGACUCCAAGGACUCCACCAACCUCCUUGCCUUUAAAAGGUCUUCCUUAAAAGAUGGAGAGGGGGAGGAUAAAAUUUGACUGUGAUGUAGAUAUUUAGAAAGGAAAAAGAAAGGAAAGUCCCCAUCAUUGGAUGGUUAUAUAAGCCGUUUCUUUCUCUCUCCUUUGCUUUGGUCUGCUGGGUAAAAAGCCACAGUGAUGCUGGAUUACCUCUGAGGUUGAUGUGAUUUUGAGAAUAUUAAAGGGAGCGUGUCCUUGCAAAAAACAAUGUACUAAAAAACAAAAAUCCCUCAAUCACAGACAAGACAACAUGGCCCAUAUUCCUGUCUCGGCUCGCUCACGGUGCUGAGAUUAACCCCCGAACACACAUCCGUAUAUACAACAUCACUGCUCAGAUUAAUCUAAUCCUGACCACACGUACACAUAUAACAUUAUUAAAACCAUUUGUAUCUUAAAAGGUGUAAAAAAUCACUGACUGGUAUUUGUCUAGGCCUUAAACACUGUACUCAUUAAUUUAGUCUUAAAUUUGUUUUUGUAUUUUUUUUAAUUCUGCAACAUACUGUAUGAUACAGCAGUAAAACCUUGUUUUACCUUAUUUAAAAAGGAAGUACACAGUAAAAAGCGAAAGUUGGAUCUACUUAAACAAAUUACUUUAAUUGGUAACACUUAAAAAUACAUUUUAAGUUAAAAAAAUAUUACCAAUUGAAUUCAUUUUUAUGUAAAACCUACUUUUACCUUUUACAAUGUAAGAAAGCGAACAGAGCUGAUUGCAAUAAGAUGAUUUCAAUCUUUCAUUGUAAAUAUAUUGUAAGCAAGAAAAAUUCGCAUUUUAUACACAGUAUUAUUUUAAAUUAUAUUAUCAGAUUAACAAUUCAUGUGAAUUUCAAAGCAUCAUACCAUGCGUUUCAUAUCCCCAUACUUUGGUAAACCCAUUGCUUGCAGUGGAGCACGAAUGUAGGCAAAUCCUAAUGAUCUAUGUUGUCCCAAAAUGAUAUGAGAAGACAUUCCAGAUUUUUACCAUUGUCUCUGGAUUUUACAGUAUACAGGGCAAAACUCCCACAACUGUGUGCUUAGUGUGAAAGUUGUCCCAGUUUUUGUCUGCGGCUAGAAAGAGUUCAUGUGAGAGAAUACAGCAGAAAUUGGUGAACAGACGGAGCAGUUUGUGUUUAAAGCUAUAAAAAAUGAGCUCUGUGCUUUAAUUGUACAAAACAGAUGCUUUCUGUGGUAUUAAAACCUUGCGUGUGCGUCACUAGCUUGUAUCAACAUACUGUAAAUAGAAACCAAAUGGUGAAGAAACAUGUUUGAUAGGCAAUAAAUUAUCAUAUCAGUAAAACAUUGUAAAAAGUGAAGCUAGUAAAACAUUUUUUCAAUUGGAAACACUUAAAAAAUGUGAGUUUUAUCAACUUAAAAAACUUGCAUAUACAUAUCGACAUAAUAGGUCUCAAGAUCAGAAUAAAACAUAAGA